AUGCAAGCAUGGGUGACAGAGACGCCGGGAGGCGGCGAUGAGCAGUCCAAGUCCCUGUAUAACGAGACGGGCGCCCGACGCCGCCGUGCGCACCCCAAGUCCCGCAAUGGGUGUCAGCAUUGCAAGCAGAGGCGCGUAAAGUGCGACGAGGUGCGACCAGCGUGUGGACAGUGUAUUGAGAGGAAAUGGAAGUGCGAAUAUCCGCCGCCAGAGAAAAGGGCGCACUUAUCGCCACCACCGCGCAAUGAUUCCUCCGAGUCCUUGGCGAUACCCAAAACCGAGCCUGAAACACCACCAACAUCCAUAUCAGACUCGGGAUCACCUGCGGCCGAAUCCCGGAAUGCCAUACAUACCGGAGUCAUAGCCUACCUGGAGCGCACAAGUGUACCUCGCCGGAAACUGGAGCCAGAUGGACCACAAGUCCGCCUGGCCGUAGAACUUGUAGACCACUUCCUGGACACGACCGAGCUAUGGGUAGGCUCUUCGGUCAGCCAGACGAUCAUACAGAGACAUGCCUUUCCCAUGGCAUUCCACGCCUCGUACCUUCUCCACGCCGUCCUGGGUUGCGCCGCCUCGCAUCUCCAAUUCCUGCAUCCUGGGGAGAAGAAAUACGAAACCGCGGCCCUUCACCACUACACGCGUUCCCUGCAAGCCUAUUCCAGCCAACUCGUGCACGAUAUCGAGCACGGCGACGGCCAAGCCAUGAUGGCGGCUAGCGGCCUCUUAGCAAAACUCACUUUCAUCAACACAGUCGCCAUGAAUGCGGACGAACCCCUCUCCCCCCGAACCAGCCCAGUAUGCUGGAUCCGCUCCAUGCAAGGUGUCAAAGUCAUCCUCUCCACCCCGAACCUAAAAACACAACUUCAGACCGGAUUUCUCCUACCCAUCCUCCAGCGCUACAAAACUCCCCCACCCAUGGACAUAAACAUGAGAGUGGACGUCCAAGACCCCGACUCGCCCACAAGCAUGUUAGCGCGUCUACGGGACUUCUGCGCCAUCUCCUCCCUGGGAGCAGCAGAUCCGUAUACCCCCAUCAUCACCCGCCUGGCGCCCUACAUCUUAGCAGUCCCGGACCACGAUUCCGUCGACGAGAUGAUGGCCAUAGUAGCCGGCGUGGAAACCUCUUUUAUUGAGUUACUGGAGCAGUGCGAUACAAGGGCACUAUUGAUCCUCUGUUAUUGGUGUGCGAGGUUACCGUUCAUUCAGCAGUGGUGGACGGGCCCCUCGGCCAGGAUCGAAUGCAGACUCGAGUUGGGGCUCGCCAAGCUGCCGGCGUAA